ACUGUGGGACACCGUGUGGGCAACGUGGGGCGGGACGGAAGCCUCUUUGGGUCAGACUGCGGGGACGCGGGAAGUCCGGACGCCGUAGCGGCCUGAAGAAGACGCUUGAGACCGAGGUGCGGGCGCCGGUGGCGGCAAUGGCGGAGAGGCCCGAGGACCUAAACCUGCCCAAUGCCGUCAUCACCAGGAUCAUCAAGGAGGCGCUCCCGGACGGUGUCAACAUCUCCAAGGAGGCCCGCAGCGCCAUCUCCCGCGCCGCCAGCGUCUUCGUGCUGUACGCCACUUCCUGCGCCAACAACUUUGCGAUGAAAGGGAAACGCAAGACACUGAAUGCCAGUGAUGUGCUCUCAGCCAUGGAAGAGAUGGAGUUCCAGCGGUUCGUUACCCCAUUGAAAGAAGCUCUGGAAGCCUACAGGCGAGAGCAGAAAGGCAAGAAGGAAGCUUCAGAGCAAAAGAAGAAGGACAAAGACAAAAAAACAGAUUCGGAAGAGCAAGACAAGAGCAGGGAUGAGGACAAUGAUGAAGACGAGGACAGGCUGGAAGAAGAAGAGCCAAAUGAGGAGGAGGAAGUAGACAACUAACGGGAUGGGAAGACUGUGGCACGCUGCAAAGUACCACCCUGACAUGUGUAUGCUUUUGGGGAGGACCCACUGAUCCUGCCUCAAAGAGUUCUUGACAUGUGGACCCGCCCAGAUCUUUGUAAACACGGGAUCCUGCGUUACCUUGGAUGGCCAGCAGAUGCUGCUCUUCGACCACAACAAGAGGUUUUCAUGGCUCUGCUGGGCAACCUAUGCGUACUAGUUGCUCAAUGACUCAACAUUUAUGGAGUCCCUACUAUGAGGCUGGCACCAUUCUAAAUGCUUUCAAGUAUAAACUCUGAAACUCUAUCAAGGAGAACUAUUACCUUUGUGAUCUCAGCCACAACGCUAUAUUCUCUAAUGUACAGAACUUUUUAAAUCAUGAAUUUAUAAAUAACAUUUCAUAAAGGUACAACCCCGGUAGUCACUAGAUCUGGUGGUUUCUCCUUUUCCACAAAAGAAACAUCCUUUCUUAACUCCCAUGAGCACCACUCAGCUAAACUCUCAAGUCCCAUCUGGACUCCUGUGGCUUCCUUUGAGCUCAGUUUUUUGCCUCAUCUCUGCUUGCCCUAGCUUCUGUGUACUGCUUGCCAAGUGGAUCUUCCUGGAACAUAGCUGUAUUCCAGCCCCUCACUGCGUCCCGUUAAAUCCAUACUUAAACCUGGUACACAAAACCUGCUUAAGGAGGGAUUGCCUUACCAUCUAUUCCAAUCCAUUUCUACUUUAUUGUGUAAGUCUCCGGUCAUUGAAUCCCCAAAAGAACUCUCCUUGCACAUGGUUUUAGUUAGCACAUUUUGACUACCUAAGCCAUGUUUCCUGACAGCGGGAACUAUGACAAAACUACAGAAGUGGGGCCUAGCAGACUCAGUUGGUAGAGCAUGUGAGUCUUGACCUCAGGGUGGUGAGUUCAAGCCCUGUGCUGGGUGUAGAGAUUACUUAAAAGAACUGGGAGGAAUCUGAGGUUAUCAACCAGUUUUUUCCAAGCACACCCUAAUCAUUCCUGUAGGGGUAUCCGAAUUUUGAAGGUUGCUUACUAGGUUAAGGCAAAAAUCUCAUCUUUUGUAAGCCACCUCCCUUCAUGCCUAGAGAUUCUGAUCUGGAUUUGGAGGGUGAGAAGGUUUUCAUCCUUACCCAGGUAAAAUCGCAUUUGCAGGGACAUCUAGUGGGCUCAGUCAGUGGCACAUGCGACUCUUGAUCUUGGGGUUGUAAGUUCAAGCCCCAUAUUGGGUGUAGAGAUUACUUAAAAAAUAAAAUAAAAUCAGGGUACCUGUGUGACUGGGUCAGUUAAGCCUCUGACUCUUGAUAUUGACUCAGGUUCCUAUCUAGCCCCAGGUGGAGCACCUGCUGAGUGUGGAGACUGAUUGGGAUCCUCUCUCUUCCUCUCUGUCCCCAUCCCCAGCUCGUUCUCACUCUCUCUCAAAAAUAAACUUAAAAAUUGUUUAAAAA